UCUGCUUCGCUCCAGCCAGGAGACGGUGGCGGAGUCGGUCUCAGGCAGUACCAGCCAUAGUACUCCCAACCACAGCCCCUCACGAACCCACAAAACCAGUGCGAGCCAACGCACUGGGGGAUCGACAGCGGGGAACUUUGAUGCACCAUCAUCAUCGGCAACUGCGAGUCAACGCAAGAAUGCAGGUCGCGUACCUGAGGCCUCAUGCUCCUCUCUGGCGAGUCGUCAGAUGAACAUGCGCCCAUCAGGAAAGGCGACUCCUAUAUCUACCAAAUCGACACCUUCCGCCUCCAGUACCUCGAGACCGCAGGCAUCGGGGGCCAAGUCUGCACUACCGACAGCGGUAAAUGCCAAGACCUACAGGAAGGCUAAAUUCAUCCUGAAAAAGAUUGCGCAGAACCAGGAGGAGGGCAUCCUGAACGUGCGCGACACUGACGACCGGAAAAAAUACGAGGCGAUCGUUGCCGCCUUUGAUAGUAGCAAAGCGGCAAAGUCUCGCGUGGAGGCGGGCAAGACGAACAAACGCAACCGAUCGCGAGACGACACCUCUAACGCUCCGAAGAGAAGCAAAGAUGCGAGUGGCGUAUCCCAACCCGUAGCGCAAGGCCCGCUGAAGUACAGCGAUAUAGUGAAGGACCACCUGAGUGUCGCACUUAUAGACGAGUCGUCUAACUGCGGCAAACCAGUCCUCGAAAAAUGGCCAGAGAUCGAGGUCCGGCUUUCGGGUUUGGCGAUGGAAAGUACCCUAGCCAACCCCGAGGGCCCGAUACCGCGGUUCGAUUCUGAGGAGGUCAUCAGAGGUCAUAGGGUGAUCCGAUGCGAGGACGAGUUCUCCAAGGAAUUCCUGCGCAGGAGCAUCACUGAGAUCAGCGAUGCUUGGUUGGGCUUAAAGCUCAAACUUAUCCCGGCGAAGGACAUUCCGACGAGACCCCGUGCCCGAAUCUGGUUGCCCAACAUGAGGAUGGAUAGGGCUAAACUUCUACAAUACAUCGCCAUUAUGAACCCCCGUGUCCCUAUGACUAACUGGAGCGUCCUGAAAUUCGAGGACGUAAAAGCAGUUAGCCAACCCGUGCUGUUCCUCAUCACUGAGGAAUCAGCAAAGGUCCUAGAGGAGCUAGGCUGCAGAAUCCACUUCGGCGUGAGACACGCCAAAGUGAAAAUCUUCCGGGGCAGAGAACCCGACGACGACAACGAAGGCGAAGAACCGCCCCCGGAGUAA